AUACCUGUAACACGGGCGUUGGAGUAUCACAGGUGGACCUUGGCUGUCUCAAGUACUGUGUGGGACUGCCGCAGAUCUUCCUGAGGCUCCAGUCAGUAAAGGCAGCUUCUGAGAUUCACUGCAGCAACGGGAAGCUGGAUCCUCAUCAGUGGCAGCAAUGUAUCGAGAUUACGGAAAUCAACGCAUUCCGGAUUAUGAUGAAAACUACUCCCGGAACAAUGGGUUUCAUUCUGAAAAAUCCCCAUUCCAAAGGUCCCAAAGCAUCUCCAAGAGACCAAGCGCCAAAACAAUUUAUCAACAAAGAAAGGCCUAUGCACAAACUCUUAACUCCAUGGAAAAUUUCAUUCAGUACCGGGUGGAGCACCUGAUUACCUGCGACCUCAACUCAAAGGAGAUGGCGACAGUGGAUCACUGCAUCAACAAACUAAAGCUGCUUGAUGCCAAGGGUAAAAUCUGGGGACAAGAUAUGAUCCUGCAGCUGAAUGAUGCUACUUUCAAAAUGGUUGACAUUGAGACCAAGGAUGAUUUGGAAUUCUUCCCCAUUGAGAGUAUUCAAGGCAGUCAGGCGAUUUUAAACAGCUGUAUCUACAACUCAGUGCUGGCCAUCACUAUUAAAGACAGGAGCAAGAAGAGCACCUGUGUGUACCUGUUCCAGUGUGAGGAAGUCUCUGCUGAUCUAAUACAGACCGAAAUUGUUAACAUGCUCAGAGGGAAAAAAGAGGAAAGAGGAAACCAGGACAUGCUGAGAUACAAUCUGGAGAGCAUGCUUUCUCAUCACUCUCGGCCAAUCAAUGGGAAACCUGCAAUGCACCCUCCUCAGGAGAGUUGGAUCCCACCUGACUAUGAUAAGCGUUCACACACUGAAAUGUCAGACCGUGGAAGCUGGAUGGAGCAGAACUCCAGAACACCAUCCGAAUAUGAUUCAAAAUUCGGCUUUGAUGAUAUAGAGAAGACAGCGUUGCCAGUUUUGAUGGCACACAGAAGUAAGGAUAUUCUUAACCAUGUCAUAGAUGAUAUUGAGAUAUUUAACGGUAAGCUUAUUCAAGCUACCGGCUCCAACUCUCGGAAGGAGAAGAAAAAAAAGAAAUCAAAAAAGCAGAAAGAAGCGCUCCCUCCUGAGAAAGAGUAUGUGGAUUGUCUGCAGAAGCUAAAAUACGCCUUUAAUCUGAUUAGCAACCUGGAUGCUUAUCUCCAGGAUCCAAGUGCUAAUGACCUGAUUCACAUUUUGUUCAAGAUUCUUGAAUUUAUCCUGAACAACCUUCCAAAGCCUGACCUGGCACAGAACGUGGUUGUACCUUUCCUGAUCCCAAGUGCAAUAUAUCUCAUCAGCUCAGUCACAAGUGUGGAAGAGCAGGUCAUCUGGAGGUCUUUAGGAGAUGCGUGGAGCAUGCCCAGGUCAGAUUGGCCAAAUGGUGAGAGUUUUCCAAGUUAUGUCCCUACGUUCACUAGUGGUUGGGAAAUACCACCUCUGCAGCCAUUAACAUCUCAAACACCCAAUCUGAAAGAACAGACGGAAGAACCACAUGGUGCACCCUUUGAGAAGCCACAGAAGAAUCAUCAAUUUGCCAAGGCAUUAUACGAUUUCAUGAAAAGAAACACUAGAGAACUCACAGUCAUGAAAGGAGAUGUUCUUGAGGUAUUGGAGGCCUCUAAGCAGUGGUGGAAAGUAAAGAACCAGAAUGGUUCCAUUGGUUAUGUGCCCUCCAACAUCAUGCAGUUAAUGAAUCAGGAGGACUUCCUUCCUUCGCAUGUUGAUAACAACCGUGCUUUUCAAUAUCCCACCUACACUGACUCACAUAAUGUGACAGCCCACUCCACAUCCAGUGAGGUUACAGCUUGGCUCCAGAAGAAAGGCUUUUCAAAAAUUACGGUGAAGUCUCUGGGGAUUCUCACUGGUGCUCAACUAAUGAGUCUAACUAAGGAAGAGAUGAAGGUGAUCAAUAAUGUUGAAGGACCCAUUGUCUACAAUGAGAUUCACAGAGGGCGGUAGGUGGCCCAGCUGGUCAACGUCCCUUAUGCACAAAAAACUACACAAAGCUAACAGAGGGGCAGCAAUCUGCACAAAAGAAGCCCAAAUUGAAACAGUGUUGUGUAUCUAAGUACAGGGACAACUCUGUUUAGAUCUAUACAUCAAUAUUUAGCUGUAAACAAGUUUUAAAGAGAAAAGUGAAAUCAGUUGAUUAAACACAGGUUAUUUACAAUUGAUAAGCACAAACAUCUGUUUCUGCUUGAAGUUUCCAUUGCCAAGACCUGGGGUUUCAAGCAAAAGCAGAAUGUUUGGCACUGAAACAUUGUUCCUCAUGAACUGUGUUUACUGAAACAAAUGGACCCAAGCACAAAUAAACGUUGAUUCUAGCGGCCUGUGAGCAACUCUGAAACGGAGAGCUGGCUUUUUGAUGAGAAUUUGUGGGUAUUGUAACAAACUGUAAGCAGGAGUAUAAGCUGAUAGGGUUAGAUGAAAGCAUAGGGAGGUAGCUAAUGUUCUGCAUUAACCUAUUAGGCCGAAUAGCCUGUUUCUGCACUGUAGAGUUCUGAGUAGCAGGUUAAUUGUUUCAGUACAUAGAAUUUUAGAGUCCAAAAGAAGGCCGUCUGACCCAUGUCAACACUGCCUCCUGAAAGAGUUAUCUAGCCAGUCAGCCCCUAUCCCCGGGCCUGUCAUAAAAUCAUCACUGUUUUACUGGGCUGCUCUCACAUUAGAUGCUUUAACUUGACAGUCACCACACCUCAGCUGAAGGGAUACUUUGAGAACAAAAGUCCUUCAUGGUAACCAGUGCAAGGAUUGAACCCAUGCUGCCAGCAUUGCAAAUCAGCUAUCCAGCCAAGUGAGCUAGCCGACUCCACUUUACACAGAGCCGGAUCUAUGUUGAAUGUGAUGUGAUUAAUUGGAAACACAGGUGGUUAUUGGUCGGCAUUAGAUGAACAAGUAUUACGAGUGAUUUAAUGUGGGUAAAAAGCUGUUCGGUUGUGUGUGAUAACACUUCUUGAUUGAACAGCAACAGUGGAUAAUUCUGCUGCCUCAGAGCACCAGGGAGCCCAGUUCAAUUCCAGCCUCGGGCAACUGUCUGUGUGGAGUUUACACUUUCUCCCUGUUUGUGUGCGAGUUUCCUCUGAGUGCUCCAGCUUUCUCCCACAGUCCAAAAAUGUGUUGGGUAGAUGGACUGGCUAUGCUACAUUGCCCAUAGUAUCCAGGGAUGUGCAAGUUAGGUGGAUUAGCCAAGAAAAAUGCAGAGUUAUAGGGAUAGGGUAAGGAUUAAGUCUGGAUGGAAUGCUCUUGGAGGCUUGGUGUGGACUCAAUGGGCCAAACAGCCUGCUCCCACACUGUAGGGAUUCUAUGAUUCUAAAUAAUCUAGUGCUCAUGUGAUGCAAUCGUAGUAGUGUGGAAUUUGGGGAUGGAUAAGGUAGAGAUGACCAGCCUCUGCUUUGAUGUGCCCCGCUGUUUCGGGAAACAUAAACUGUGCAACUAUUAGAAAGAUUUACUUCACUGAUUCAAAAGUGUUACAUCCUUAAAAUAAUGCUAUGAUAAAUAAUGGAUGGCUGAAAUUGGCUCGAACAACUCAGCCUACAUUGCAGACCGGAGCUGUCAAACCUAUUUUAGAUGAUGGGCUUAAUCUAAUAUACUGGCACCAGCACUCACUAUAUUCAACAAAAGUUAUUAAAAUAGAAAUGUACAAAUUGUUAUGCUCUACAUGAUCAUUCAAUCACUUCACCUCCACUUCAUCUUGAUGGUUAUUCCACUCUCUGCCAGCUACUGAUGUGAGUUUGGGGGCCAUUCCUAACACAUAAGUCCAUAUAAGGUCUACGGGCUGAGUGAAGCUGUUCUGUGGAUCACAUGUUUGACAUUCCUGGCACAAACCUGACUGGGGUCGAAUGUGUUAGUCUAUAUACUGGACCGAAACAAGCAGAGACUUUGACAAGAGUAAUGACCAGCUCCUCAUACAAAUGAAUUAUCUCUGCAAUCUCAACCAUUUCUUUAUGCAUUAUAUGUACCAUAACAACUAAAUCAUAAUAAAUUAUCAUCUUUGAUCAGAA